CCAGUAUUAUGGAAUGGUUUAAAUAGUUUCAUGUUUAAUUAUCUAGUAAGAAUGUUUUGUGGUGAAUAUGAAACUGAUGAACUAUCCAACAUUAAUGUUGAAGGCAAUUCUGGUAUUAAAGCAUCAUCAUCCUCAUCAAUUUCUUGUGGAUGUAUAGAAAGUACAUCUAGUCUUAAUAAUCCAAGUAAAAUUAGCUCACGAAUACUUGAAGAUGCUGCAUUAAAAUUAUGGUCAAAUUUAAAUUUGGAUAGAAUAAAUUUCAAUAACGAGUUGAUAAAAUUAACUGCAAAGUUACAAGAAAAUAUUGCUAUUAAUUUAAAUCAUCAACAUCAAAAUCAUCAUCAUUGUAACGAUGACAGUGAUAAUGAUAAUAACAGUAAUAAGUUAGCACAGAUUUUAUCUCUGUCUAACUUCAAAAUAAAUCCAUCAUUGUCAUUAUCAUGUUCCCAGUCAACAUCGUCAUCUUCUAUAUUACAUGAUAAUACGAACAAUAAUACCGAUACUAUUGCCACUACUAUAAGUACCAAUAAUGACAUUCCAUUAUCACUAACCAAUUAUUCAACUGUAUCACAAAUUGCUCGAUUUGCAUCGGCUGCUAACCUUUUCAAUUCUACUGGAGUUGAUCUACAUUGUCCCACUAAUUUUUAUACAAUUCAAAAUGAUAAAUUGAUCACUUCUAGUUAUAAUAUUGAUGCUCAUACAAAUAUUGCUGAAACCUUAAUUUCUAACAAUAUACCCACAACUAUUACUUCCAAUACAAACACUUUAGUAUCUGUGAGCAGUACUACGUCUUUUACAAAUUACACAACUGCUCACUUCAUUGAUAAUUCUUUUCGAAACCAAGAAGAAAAUUUCAAUUUAAAGAGUGAAAAUGAAAUUUCAUUUCAUGUACCACAACAACAACUGAAUCUGCCUGAUUAUUAUCAUCAUCACCAAGAACAACAACAAACCACGAAACCAAACUUUUGUGCAGCACAAGAUGAAGGAAUAAACAGCUCAGUUGAAUUGAAACAGACAAAACCUUCAACAGAAUUAAUCAAAACUAAACAGACAUUAUAUUGUUGUUCUAUAUGCCGACAAAGAUUUCAUUCAAACACUGGACUAAGACGCCAUAAUUUAGCUUUACAUGCAACCAAAGCUAUGAAAUGUGACCAGUGUGUGAAAGUUUUCAGACAUCAAGCAGCUUUAUCUGAUCAUAAAAAACGUGUUCAUGGUCCACGUGAAUAUAUUUGUGGUAUAUGCUCAGCAGAUUUUGCUACAGAAACUUAUCUACGUUCUCAUGUACGAAUUCAUGAUGAAAAACGAUUUGUUUGUUUAGAAUGCAAACAUGGUUUUUCAAAUCCAUCCGAUUUAAAAAAUCAUAUGAGAAUACAUAAUGAUGAAAAACCAUUUGAAUGUGAAGUGUGUGGAAAAGCAUUUCGCCAUGUUAGUGGAUUUUAUGCUCAUAUACGAAUUCAUACAGGUGAAACACCAUAUCAAUGUGAAUUGUGUGCAAAGAAAUUUAGUAAUGCAAGCAAUUUUCGCAUGCACAGGAGGGUACAUACAAAGGAAAUGCAAUUCCGCUGUCAAACAUGCGGUAAAGAAUUUAUCCAACCAAGUAACUACAGUCGACACUUAAGAAUACAUACAAAAGAAAAACCUUAUUCAUGUAACUUAUGCUCAGCAAAAUUUCUUUAUUCAACUUCUUUAAAACGACAUCAACAACGUCAUCAUGGUUUAGAAUUAUUAAGAUGUCAAUUAUGUCAGAAAACAUUUUUAAAUGAAUCAUGUCUUAUUCGACAUCGUACUGGUUGUGAAUUACGCGCUUGUGUUAAAACGGCAGAUGAAGAAUUAUACACUCAUUUAUUAUAAAACUAAUAAUAUCAAGAAAAUCUGUCUACAUUUAACAUAAUACUUCUCUUUUUACAACUAGAAAAUAAUCAUAAUAAUAGUAAUAAUGUAUCAACUUAUAUUAUGAAUGAGUAGAUUGUAAAUCUUGUUUUGUUUAACUCUUCUUUUUAUUCGCUAAAAUAAAUGUUCACUUAUUUUUUUACACAUUCAGAAGAAGAUUAUCAACAUGGUAACUAUGAGCAUUAUUUUUAUUUGAACUAUUUCACCAUACUAUUUUUUCUAAAGAAAAAAUCUUUGAUGAUAAACAUUUUACGUCAUUUUUUUUUCUUUUUUUAUAUAAACCACUUUUUAUUGGUUUAUUUUUGCAGUUUGUUUUCCAAUUUUUUAAUAUCAGAUAAUGUGCUUUAUCAUACCUUAACGUUUAUUUUGUCAGAUAAUAUUCGUAACAAUGAGAAUUAAAAUAAUAAAUUUUAUGUAUAUUUUUUCUUCAUAAAUAAUGAUCAAUUUCUUGAAGCCAUAUAUUGAUAUUGAAUUUCUCAUACAUUUAUCAUUGGUGAUAUUAUAACGCUAACUAUCAAGUGAAUGAAUAUAAGCUCAUUUAUCCAAUUGUUGUAAACGAGAACUCAGGUGGAGAUGAAUAAUUUAUUAUUUAAUACAAAAUUAAAGAAUAUCUUAGUAAAAAUAUGCGAACCAUACAAUGAAUAAUUUAUUUGCAAAAUUCCAUCAUUUGACCUUCACAUUCUGUAUGGUUCUUC